AUGGCCCCCGAUCAACCCUUCACCGUCGACAAAAUCAAAGUACAUGGCGACCAACGCAUUUCCCACCUGACAGCGUACUUGAACGGAUACACGUAUGGCCUCCUCUUCAGCCCAGCGUCACCUUCGGUGCCCAAGCGUGGGACAAUCUUCUUGAUCCACGGCUUCCCAGACCUCAGCAUGGGCUGGCGGUAUCAAAUCCCCUUCCUGACAAAACUAGGCUUGGACGUCGUUGCACCGGACAGUAUUGGCUACGGCCGCACCGACGCACCGCCUUUCAAACUCCAAGAUUACACAUAUAGGCGCGCAGCAGACGACAUUGCCGAACUGGCCCGCCAACUCGGCCUCUCCCAAAUCAUCCUAGGCGGCCACGACUGGGGCGGUAGCAUCGUGUACCGCGUCGCGCAGUACUAUCCGUCCUUGAUCUUCGCCGUCUUCUCAAUCUGCACGCCUUACUUUCCACCAAACGAGAAAUACGAACCGCUGGAUAUUCUGAUUCAGAAGCGCCUUCCGAAUUUCGGCUACCAAGCGCACUUUGCGUCCGGCGAGAUCGAAGAGGCCGUGAAAUCAAAGGCCGAGAUUCGUAACUUCCUCAACAACCUCUUCGGGGCGAGGACCACCGACACCAAGGAAGUCGCCUUCGACGCGAACGUCGGCAUCGACCUAGCCAAGCAAGCCCGAAUCGGCAAGACCAAGCUCCUGACCGAUGAAGAAAUGGACUACUACGUGACUGAGUACGCGAGGCAUGGCGUCAACGGGCCCCUCAACUGGUACCGCAACCGCGAGGUAAACUACAUGAACGAGUGGCGGGAUUUCUUCGCGAGCGGCACAAAGACAGGUCCCCAGGCCCAGAAAGAUCUGACACUGUCCAUGGAAGUUCUGUUUGUUUUGGCCAAGAAAGAUCAAGCGCUGAAGCCGUUUAUGGCGCAGAAGAUGGAGGAGCGGAUCCCGAGAUUGACAAGACGGGAGGUGGAUGCGGGACAUUGGGCACUCUGGGAACGUCCAGAGGACUGUAACAAAAUCAUCGGCGAGUGGUUAGAGAGAAAGGUGUUUCCGUUUCUUGGCAGAAAAAGGGAGGGUAAAUUGUGA